AGGCUGAUCGAAUGUAAAAAAAAGAAUGGGAUGAUGGUAGAAAGGGCCUAAAUUAUGUGUCAAGUGGUUAUUGUUUGAUAGUGUAUAGCUGAAAAUGUCUGGAGAAACAUACUCGUUGAUGAAGCCUGUAGCAAGGACCAUGGCAGCUCUAAGCUGUGGAUUUUACUCAAGAGCAUUUAUACUCUUUGUUACUGGAAGCUCCCUGUCUAUAUUAAAAGUGCUACAAGAACUUGGCAGUCAGACGAACAUUAGCGUGAAUAUCAGAGUGAAAAAUGCACUUUACUACGCAUGGUGGAUACCUAUAGUGACUGGAGUAUUUGCUUGUAUUACUGGACUUAUUUAUCCUUGUAUGGAUAGUAAACUCGGCGAGCCCCACUAUUUCAGAAGAGACUGGACUAGCGUCGUACGUUGUAUUGCCGUCUUUGUUGGUAUUGGUCAUUUCAGUACAAAGUCAUAUUUUCUUGCUGACAAAAGCCAUCAGUUUACCCUGUUUUUGUGCUUGGCAAUGGUGCUUUGGUGGAUGUUUGACAGGUCACCAAAUGGACUCGGCAUUGGCGUUAUUGCUGCUAUUUUGGGGACUGCUUGCACCUUUGUCAUUGCACAUUUAAUUUACAAACAUGCAAAUUUUCUGUAUUCACAGUCUUGGCUCCCUUGCCUGUAUUUUGCCGGUGCAUGUACUUUUGGAAGCUUUGGGAGGCAAUUAGCAUUGAUGGACCAAGGUUUUUCCAAGCUAUUAGCUUAAAGUGUGACUAUUACCUGGAGAACUGUUUUCUUUGAUGUUCAAGGGUUUGAGCAACAUUUUCAUGCAGACAAUGGAUCCAGAUAAUCAAGAUACACAUCGUGAUUCUCCCCAGCUUAGGAUUUUUUACAUGUGAACAGACCACUGUUAAUACAACAAGUGAAGCCUGUAUAUCACGCCAAAAGCAUGCAAAUUUAAAAUUGCACUCUGAAUUGAUAAAUGUGAUCUUAUCAAAAAAUUAUAUCUGCCAAUUGGCAAAUGAUAUUUUUUCAUGUGGCAUGUAUGGCUGAAAUGACUAUGCAGGCUAAGAUCUGUUCUAGAUCAGUCAUACUCUGCAGACUUAGUUGCUUGGCUAAAAAUCUUUGAUUGUUUCUAAGCAUGGUUUGAGGUUUUAUAUUUCUCACCAAUGUGUGUGCUUAGGGCCUACAUUCUGGCCAGACUGUUUUCUACUGAUUACCUUUAAAGACGAUUUUAUCAUUUCAAAUUCUAGGAUGAACCUGUCAUCUUGAUCCUAAUCAAAGCUUUUACUAGUGAUUGGUAACUUAAGGAAAUAUAUAAUGUCACCAAAGUAUGACAAAAUUUUUCUCAAUCAUAUCAGUGGGCAGCUUAUUUUAAAAUGAUAACCUGGGCUACCUUUUCCAACUCUGAUUUAGAAAAAUUAUAUCAAAUACUCUUCAAGAGACCAAAUUAUCAUUAAUUUUUUAAUCAAGUGGCAACCUCCUAUCAAUGCUCUUCUUCCAUACGUUUUCAUGUAUUUAUGAAAAGCAUCUUUUCAAAAGCUAGAAAAUUUCACAAAGGCUUGGUUGAGCCUAUAAGAUCUCAGAGGCUGCUCAGAUAUUGCUGGCAAUGUAGAUGCAAGACUAAAGUUUACCUUUGAUGUUGUGCAUGAUUUACCAAUUGGGAGUAAGUGAGCUUGUAGACAGGUUACUGCCUAGUCUAGGGAUGCUCAUUAAAAGCCUGAUACAACCCUUUUUGAUGUUAAGUAGGCUGGACCAAUAAACUUACAUCAAGUUACGUAUAUUCCUCUGAAUUGCAACCAUGCAAUAUAUUCCCUCCGUUUUAAUUCAAAGAAUUGCAGAUACAUUAAGGAGCACAAUAUAUAUGUACUAAAUUAAAUGUGGUUUUACAAAAAAUUCUUAAAUUUUGUAUGUAAAGCAUAUGUAAUUUGGUUCAAUUUAUCAACUUGCAUGUGUGCAUUCACCCUGGCCUAGGCUGUUUUGCAGGGUGUCACAGUAGAUAAAAGUGGAAUGCUUAGUGCAACUUAAGUAGUUUAAAUGCAACUUUACAAAUUUUGUAUUUUAAAUUGUAAAUUGAUAGUUUGUAAAUCAAAUGUAUCAAAAAUAUUUAAUUGCUAAAUUGUGUUAGCAAAUAGA